GGAAGAAGAAGUCGCCGCUAGGUGGCAGUUCGCGCCUUCUAAACGAUUGGGAAGCGGCUGCCAUAGGACUAAAAUUUCACCGUUUCAUCAAUUUUCUCUUAGAGACUGCAAGUUGUACGGACAUAUUUCCUUAUAUUGGCAAGGUGAUACAUCCAGGACAUCUACCAUUUCUACCAAAUUCUUCUCACACACCCUUUCAAUAUGUGAAAGUUGUCAGCUUUACCCGCUCCAAAAUCAUGUGAACUCUACAUCUAAAUCAAGUUUCCAUCAUAUGAACGGUAGUACUGAGAAUACAUAGGAAAUGUGAAAACUAAACUUUUAAAGUGAACAUAAUGAGUUUGCCAUCAGAAUCUGGUGCUUUUGAACAGGCGUUUGAAGCCUGGCUGAACCAGUCCAAGGAUGGGGACGGAGACAGUGACACUGAAGAUGAGGUGAUGUUGGUAGAUACAAACAACAACAGCGAUACUGACACUGAGUUGUCUCCCUUCUCGUCCUAUCCAUCUCCACUGUCAACUCAGAUGAACCCAGCAAAUCUAGUCAGCAGGCGUAUGAAGUCCACCACCCGACAGCGAUUUCAUGCAUAUAAGGCAGUCUUAAAGAAAUACUCCCGCAAACGAUGGGUCCGCUGUAAGAAGAGCCUCAGCCCUGGCAGCCAGACAGAUGACAGCGGAGUUGUGUCCCCUGGAUGUGAUGCGUCUGUGGGGAUGGGAAAGGACAUGAUGUUGGAAGAAGAGAGUGAAGGAUGCCUUAGUGGUGAUGACUCGCCACCCAACAUCCAAGAUGACUUCUCCAGCAGUAAUUGUUGGCCCCCAGACAUGCCCUACUCUCAACACCUGGAUGGUAAUUUCCAUGAACAUCCCCCUGAACUCACCCCUAGCCUACAGCUCCCAGAUACCACCACUGCCUCUGUGCAGGGAGGGGACGCUUCACUCAGUCACCAAUCAAAAUCAGUUGGGGAUUCUCAUCAAUCAUCAGUGAAAUUCAAGAAACAAUCAUAUCCUAAAUCAAAUACAGUCGGUGAUAAAAUGUGCAAUUCCUUAUUGGAAACAUAUGUUUUCACUCCCAAAGACAAUCAUAGAUCCAAGAAAACAGGCAGCAAGCACUGCCUAGCUUCUCUUUCUGCCUCAGAACGGGAAAAGUCGGUGAGAAGUAAUGGCUGCCAUCAGUUGGAAUCUGCCGGCGGGGAACUGGUCACAAGCAAGAUUGAUUCAUGUUCAGGUAUUGGUUUGGGCAAAAAGCCUGAUGGUGGAAAUCUGUGUAUUGAGCGGACUUUGUCUGCAGGUGUUGACUGUGACAGCACUGGUUAUGUGUCUCGGAAUGGCUGUGAAAUAGGUGCCAGUGACUCAGGCGCUGGUUCACAGAGUGAGAGUUGUUGUGAGGAAAGUCCACGUCAUGAACACGACAAUCAUGUCUCUGGUCAUACAAAAAGUCCGCAAUUUUCUUGUGAUAGUCAUCGUUUUACUGUUAUUCCCAGUGACCUCACGAAUAAGACGAACAGUAAUGGUAGUCCACCCCUUGUGUUGAAGCUGAAAAAGUGUGAGCGGAAAUCAAGCAUUAAAAAUUCUCCACCAAAAUAUUUUGCUGAGGUGAUUGAUAAAAGGGAAGCACAGCCACAGAUCAAGAAGCCUGAAACAGAACUUGUUGAAAGCAAAGUGUUUCAAAGUCAUUCCCAGGACACUCACAAGUGCCACGAAAAGGGUGGCUCAUCUAGAAGCAAACGUUUAAAGGCAGGCAGAAAAAAUAGUUCCUCCUGUCAAUGUUGUGUCAGAUCAAAGAGCCCUGCCAGAAGGAAACGCCACUCCAGGUCUCAUAGCGAGUGCAGUGUGGUAUCAGUCAGUGGCAAAAACUCACUACAAGCUCAUGAACGAAGAUUCGUGCGUCAUUGUCUGUACCUGUCCAAUCUGCAGACGAAACUUCACACCCUGUUCUGCCACCUGUUUCCAAGGUUACAACCAGUGCUAUCAAAGGUUGCCCCCGAGGGGCGACACUUUUCAAGAAUUGUUGAUGACAUUAUCCUGCUGUUGCAGCAGGCUGAGGCAGAGGAUGAUGUGAAAGACUCCGAAGAGCUGAGCAUGGAGUUGGAGAGUUUGACUUUAUUGGGGGUUAACUCUGGGGUGCCUGUAUUUGAAACUUGUGUUAGUCUGUGUCGGUCUCCCGAUGUGUGCUUGGAGGAGUUCAGAGAGAAGGUGUUUCUCCUGAUUCAACUCAUGCUGCCUGAGCUGACCCUGAGCAUCGAGAACAACUGCUACAGAUCACACCGGGACCUAGAAAAGUUCCUGGACAAAGUCAUAGCCCAAAAUAAGAACAAAACAUGAUUAUUUGUGCUGAUUUGAUGCAUGUUUCAGGCUUUCAUCAUGGUCAGAAUAAUUACAUAGUCCUUAACAGGGUUGGAACAAAACACAAAAACCUUACUAGUCUGGGUAAAGAUAAAAUGAAUGCCCUUGUAAUGUUAAAACAAUGGGGAAAUUUGUACUAUCCUGCAGGAGAUUUGUACCAUCCUGCAGGAGUUUGUACCAUCCUGCAGGAAUUUGUACUGUCCCACAGGAGUUUGUACCGUCCCGCAGGAAUUUGUACCGUCCCACAGGAAUUUGUACCGUCCCACAGGAAUUUGUUCUAUCCCAAAGGAAUUUUUACCGUCCCACAGGAGUUUGUACUAUCCCACAUGAGUUUGUACCAUCCCGCAGGAAUUUGUACCAUCCCACAGGAAUUUGUACUAUCCCACAGGAAUUUGGACUGUCCAACAGGAGUUUGUACCAUCCCGCAGGAAUUUGUACCGUCCCACAGGAGUUUGUACUAUCCCACAUGAGUUUGUACCAUCCCGCAGGAAUUUGUACCAUCCCACAGGAGUUUGUACUAUCCCACAGGAAUUUGUACCGUCCCACAGGAGUUUGUACCAUGCCAAGGGAAUUUGUACUAGCCCAGGCUGGCGGUCUAAUGUUAUGUUCUAACCCUGCUUAGAUAUAUUUUUGUUAGAAAAAAAUAGACUCAACAUGUUAACAACAACAAGGCUCCAGACAUAAUUUUGAUACUUAUCCUUACUCUUGUCUCUAAUAUUUCUUUGUAUUAUGUAGAGGCUAUACUUGUUUGUAACAGUAGCCCUACAUCUCGGCAUCUUCUAUAUACAAUUAAACUUCUUGACUGAAAGCUGCAAAUACCAAAUGAUUUUCCUGUUAGCUUUUCAAGUUUAAAUUUAUUUGUUAAUCUAUAAAUAUUUCUUUUCGGAAAGAGAAAUGCCUUCACCAUGUUUGGGAGAUAUCGCAUCUGAUUGUUACUACCAUGAUCAGCAAAUGAUCAGUAGACAUUGUUAUGAAGCGUCUAUGACAGUGCUGAUGACAGCCCUUGUUCCCGUUAAAGUGUUUUAUCUGGUUAUAUCUCCAUGCAACUGUUUGUAAAUCUGUGUUGUAUGUCAGUGUAUUUAUAAUUAGCAUCCUAAGCACUUGCCUUCAACUUGUUAACCUGUUAAUUUGACUUAUGAACAUAAUGAAGAUGCCUGGUCUGUCCGAUUUUUACAAGUCAUACUGGCUUGUCAUACUGUAUAUAUUUGAACUUUGGUACAUCAUUACUGUUUGAAAAUGACUACAUUAUAAACAUAGAGACAAAAUAAUUUUUUUACCUUUUGCUGUAGAUUAGGGUAGUAAAAUAUUUGCUGUUAUAUUCAUAUUUGAUGCUGUAGAUUUUUACCUUUCAUGUGUUGUAGCUCACCUGAAUGCAAGUCAAGUGAGCUUAUGUCAUGGCCUGUUUGUCUGUCAUGUGUCGCCCAUUGUCUGUCGUAAACAUAAUCUCAGGAACCACCUGAAGUUGAUACUCCACAUGCAUUUCCCACCAAGGAUACAUACAUAUGCGAAGACGGGAAUCCCUUUUACACCAUGGCUCCACUGCAACCUCAUUGAAAGCCCUGUUAACUCACUUUCAUUUCAAAUUUGGUAAUUAGAUACUAAUGGACUCACACUGUGUUCCAUAAUUCGUAAUAUGCUUUGGUUUGACCUUCACUUUAACAUACUGAAAAAUACUCUCAAAAUGCAUGUUUUUCUGUAGGGGUGAAACGAUACACAAAGGUUACGACACGGUAUGUAUCAUGAUACAUAGUUUGCGAUUUGCAUAUUCUCAUCAAAACGUGUGGAAACUUCUUGACUAUUAUCAUUUCAGAGCAGGUUUAAAAGGAAAAGCUAGCUGUAGGCACGUUUGUAGGGGCUAUUUUUAGUAGUGAACUUGAAACACUAUUUAUUAAACGAGUGGUAAAUAAUGUAUUUUAGAAAGUGUAUGGUAUUGAUACAGUAAAAUAUGUAUCGUGUAUCGUUUCAUCGUAUGAAAACAUGCUUCACAGAUGCAUCUUUUCACCCCUUUUUCGCGUAACCCCAAACCACGAGUGGGUGAUUAUCACGAUGAAUGUGUGUGUUUGACCCUCUACAAAGCAUGUUACUCAUGUAUAAGUGUGCAAUGAAAAUGAUGUAAGGUUGUCAGUUGUGUAGAAAGGUUUGUUGUUUCUGUUGAUCCUCGUUAUCUUCGGCUGAUUGUGUGUCAUCGUAUCCUGAUGGAGUGAUUGUUGCUGACAUUAUCGAUUGUCUGAUAGGCUCAUACAUUUACAGGCCAUCGGCAUAUGGGUGGAAUAUUGCCGAGUGUUGUGUUCAACAAGAACCAAACAUCACCCUUGAUUCCUGCCGUGUACACCCAGCAUGUCAAUAACAUCCUUAUACAGAAAGAUAAAGAACUAACAACACAAAUUUGAACAGAGCAAGAAUUAAUUAUGUGACAUCACCAUAUAUUUUCGCCACCAUUGUGACACCACAGUUGAAAGGUGAGCUGCAGAACCUAUUUUUUUGUUAAUUUGGCAUAGAGCUGCCAGGGUUGGUCAACCCAUUUUUCACUGAUGUUGUUUUACAAGGUUAUGUAUGUAAAAGUCCAGCAAAACAGUUCCCCUUAGUCCCAGUGUUAAUACAUCUGCAGAUUUAUGCUUUGUCUGUGUUGCAAUUGAAUCAUGUCGGAAUGCAUACCCAGAUUAUUAGCAGCACACAAGUAUGAUCAAAAUACUAUCAUUUAUUUAUUUCAACCUCUACAUGUAGUUCAUAUAUUGUAAUUACCAAGGAAACAAAUCGCGAUUCAUUUUUGGUACAUUGUCACAUGUUUCCCAAUAACUUGACAAGGGGCACAGAGAAAGGAAGUGUGUUGCUUCUUAUUUUUAGUCCAUUAUGUUUUUUAAGAACUGUUUCAUAUCAGAUCUCUUGUUUCAUGUGAAUUUAAGAAAUGUGGCAAAUGAUAUUGUGAUAUAAAUUGUCUGCUGUUGUGUUGUGUCAGUACUGCACAUUGACCUGAGCUCACAAUGAGUUCCCAUAAUGCUUUUUGUACAUCACACUUGUUUCAUACUUGGAUGCUUUUAGGACGCCACCAAUACCAAAAGCGCUCACCCCACCCACUCCACAAGUUUCAUACCCUCAUUCAAAACAUUACAGCUGUGGUUCGCUUUUAAUUUGAUUUCCUCUGCACCCUAUUUACAAACUUCUAAGCUCCUUUUCUAAAAAUAAAAUGGAUUUGUUUGAAUUUUGAAAGUAUUCAUGGAUAGAGUUGGCGAGAGGCAAUGUUUUCCUGGUAAUAAAAGUUUUGUAUAAUCUGUCCUUUGAUAAUGGAAUCAUGUUGUAUCACGUGCAGGGCACAGAAUAUGAUUUCCUAUGCACUCACAUCUCUGGAUGACAUUGUUUUCUUUAACAUGCUAAGACUGAAUGCUGAAAUCAUGAUUAUUAUAACAAAGUUACUAAAUGUGAGCUACUUAUAUUACUUCAUCUGAAUGCAGCCUUUCUUGUGUCAUUGCCAACUUGGAGGUUGAUUUCUGGAUGUCCAUGACAAUUUACAAAUUUGGUGUGUUCUUUACAGGUAGAUACACCACCCCAUGGGGGUUCACGGUAGAAUUGGUAACCUCGAGACCUAAUGCUGCUUGCAAGAGGCAGCCAAAUAGACUGGGUGGUCUGGCUCAGCGACUUGGCUGAUAGUCCUCUUGCCCAGUCGUGACUCGUUAGCAGUAUCAAUCACUGGAUUGUCUGGGGCACGGGUGGCCUACUCAUCUAAGGUGCCGCGAUUCGCUGUGCAAAGUUGUGUCCCUUGGGCACGCCAGAAACCUAUGAUUGUGGGUUCGAAUCC